AUGGAGCAGAUGAAACGAGAGAAUCACAUCAGAAGUUUGGAAGAAAAUAUAAAACAGCAAGAGAUGGAGAUUCUCAGAUUCCGGGAGAGAGAAGAAAAGCUAAAAGAAAAGCUGGAGAGAAUGAAAGAGAAAAUAGCCAGGAAAGAGCGGAAGACUCUCAAAAUUAUACAGAGAGACGAGAAGCUGAAGAGAGAGCUGCAGGCGAUGAAAGAGAGGCUGGCACAGAAAGACAGACAGAGCAAGGAAGAAAGGAAGGUCACCAACCUAAAAACAGUGGAAAUGACAAUCACUGUACGUAUGAAAGAAGAAGUUAAGAUGGACGGAGAAAUAGAAAAGCAGGAAGAGAAAGAACAACAGAAAGAGAGUGUGAGGGAUGAGAGCGACACUGUCCCUCAGGAAGCCGGCCCACAGCCUCAGGCCAUCACUGAGUCUAAAUCAGAAGAUCAGGUUUCAGAGGCUCAGACUCAGGUCCAGGCUGAUGGGUCAGAGAGUAGAAAGGCAGCUGAGGAGAAGAUGAAGUGGACCGGCCAUGACAGCGGGGAAGCAGUGAGCAUUGAGGUGGAGAACCUUCAGGUGGAGCCUGCAGCACGGAGCUCGUCUGGAAGCUGGAUGUUGCAGAGUGUGCUGUCCUCAGUUCGCUCCUUCGUUCAGCGCCUGAGAUCCCAUUUCUCAGCUGUGCAAGUUCAAGCUGAGAAGGAAGAGGAGCAUGAGGAAGUUUCUCCAUCACGUCCGUUGAUUCCGCUCGGAGCGCCGACAGGGGUCCUGACUGUACACCUGAAAGCCUGCAGAGACUUCAGGAAAUCUGCUCUUUUGAAGAAAGGCACUUGGGCUACUGUGAGGGUCACUAUUGGGAGAAUGGUGAAGUACACAGAGCAGCAGCCCUAUAAUAACCCCACGUGCUUCAACGAGUGGAAACACUUUUCCAUACAGAUCCAGCAGGAAGAAGUUUUAAGGGUUCAGCAGUCCACUGUGAUGGUGGUAGAACUGCUUAUUUGUGAUCCUAACUCAGCUGCCCCCAGACUCAUGGGGAGAGACACCAUCACGCUGCAGGAGAUCCUUAAGAAAUCUUCAUUCGGCCACCAGUUCAACUUGAGGCUCAGACACCAGAAAGUUUGCAAGUUGGACGCAGAGCUGGCGUUCACAUACGGCUCCUUGGGCUACGGGUACUCUCACCAGAUCAAACAUCCAGGAAGAACGAUGGAGAAUCUGGUGGAGAAAUCUCUCUUUCCCCGCUGCCCUCCUAAUCAAGAUCAAAGAGAUCCGCAAUAUAAUGUGACAACCCCCUCCACACUGCCCCAAGUGGACAUCAUUCCCUCUCUGAUGCAGCAAGACACACCAAGAGGCGCAGAGUGCAGGAUAUCUGCUGGCCUGAUGGACUGCAUCCAAAGGAGAGGCAGGUUGUUACAGCUGCAUAAAGGCUUGCAGGAGUGUACGACAGGAGAGGAUAGGGUGCAGUUUCUGGAAAACCUGAUUCUAAGGAAGAGUCUUGGCACCAGCUAUCCCUGCAGAAAGAACGAGAGCUCUGAGGUGUAAGGUCCUGUCUAAAGAGGAGGAAAUGAAGAGAAAUGAGGAGGACGAGAACUAUGGAACGACAGAGACAAGAACAGGAAAGGCUACAUGCAAGACGAGGAAGUAGAGAGAAAAAACAGCAGAACUUGAGGUCCGUCUCCAUUUCUCUCAGCACUGGCUCGUCUGUUCCUCUUCAUCCUGCUCUAUUCCCACCAUCUCGACUCGCCUGCAGCAAACA